UCGCAAGUAUUUUAUUUCUAUGGUUGUUGUCGUCCGAUGCCGAUUAUUAAAUAAUUUAUAUUGUAUUCAAUGUAUGCAUUAUCACCUACAGAAGUAAAAUUGUAACUAGCUAUUAAGAUUUGCGUGUAACCAUGGAGUCUGAACCUCCACCAAGUGAAGCACCAACAGAGUCGCCCAGCACUCUUAAUAAUGAGGAGGAAAUAAUCAAAGAGCCAAAUUCAAACGUUAAUGUUGCGGCACCGGCAGCAGCCACUGCAAACGAGUUAGCUGCUCCCCCGGUUCCUUCAGCUGUAAAGGACACACUAAAGUCUAAUUCGAAAAAACCUAAGAAACGUAAACCCAAAGUUCCUCGCGAUGUUACAGCUCCGCGACAACCUUUGACUGGCUACGUAAGGUAUUUAAAUGAGCGCAGAGACCAAUUGCGUGCAGAACAACCAGACCUCGGUUUUGCCGAGCUAACACGCCAGCUCGCCAGUGAGUGGAGCAAACUGGGAGCUGAAGAAAAGAAACACUACUUGGAUGCUGCAGAUCAAGAUAAAGAAAGGUACAUUCGUGAAUGGGCAGAAUAUAAAAAAACAGAUGCAUACAAAGAAUUUAGAAGACAACAGAUGGAACAAAAGGAUACAAUAUUGACAAAGAAAGUGAAGCACAACCCACCUGAGAAUUCUCUACCUGCAGCAGGGCCUGCACAGGUGGCAAUGGAUCAAAAUUCUUCUGUUAAUACAAAUGCUGUAGCUGCAUCACCCGUAGUUAUUCCUCGGCAGCCAACUCCCCCUCGUCCCAGACCUUGUAUAACUCCAGCUUCUGGGGAAGAGUUGACAGCUGGAGAUACUGACAUCCCAAUAUUUACUGAUCAGUUCCUUCAACAUAACAAGCUGAGGGAAUCUGAACUUCGUCAGUUGCGGAAAGCUAAUUCAGAUUAUGAACAGCAGAAUGCAAUCCUCCAAAGACAUGCUGAAGAAGUUAGUGGUGCAACAAUGAAACUUCGCGCUGAAACUGCAGCUGCAGCAGAACGCACGGCCGCCCUUCUGACUCAUCGCCGCACACUUGUUGCAGCACUUGUACAAGCACUACAGUUAGUGGCAAUUCCAGGUGGUCCCACUGGAGCUACAGAACAGAAUAUUGAAGAAUACUUGGAGAAAUUGCAAAGUCUUGCAGCUGAUGGCAAAAACAGUGCAGUUGUAAAGCAAGCUCGGGACAUCCUCAAUAAGAUAGAAUUACCCAUUAACUAAAUAUUAAGUAGUGUGUUGUAUCUUUUCGCAGUAUUUGUUAAGUCAAUAAAAUAUCAAAAUGUGUAUCAAUAUAAGUUACAUUAAAUGAAUAAAAGGCUAUUAUGAUA